AUGGAAAGAGUGCCGUCUGGAAACGGUCAGUUUAGAUCUACGAAGAAUUCAACGUCAGAAGCAUCGAGUGGACAAAAUGAGAAUCUUUAUACGACUGUGGAUAGUAACGCGUUACAUCAUGCCGUACAAAAAGCAGUGAGUAAUUACUAUUCAGCAUGCGUUACACGACCGGCACGCAUGACAAUCUGCAUUGAUUACACGCAAGGUGCUCCGGCAUCCACCAGUCUCUCACCGUUCUUGAAUUAUCGAAAUCCAUCAGUCGUGCUCAGAAUGUCUGCUGGUGUAGAUGCUACACGUGUUAACAAACAGUGUAAAGUUUCUGAACACUUUUAUUCAUUACCAUCAGUUUUAUCAUUACCACCAGUUUAA